AUGGCGCUCCCGCCCAAGUGGUACCAGUUUCUGGUGGGCGUCUUCGCCUCACUCGGCUCUGUGCUGUUCGGCUACGAUCUGGGUGUCAUUGCCCAGGUCAUCGCUUCCCCUUCUUUCCUGACCAAGUUCAACCCCAGCAGCAAUGAGACAGCGGCGGUCGUGUCGGUGUUUACCGGCGGUGCCUUCAUCGGCGCAGCCGUGGCCGGUCCCGCGGGUGACUACCUCGGACGUCGGUGGACCAUCAUGUCGGGAGCUCUCGUCUUCUGCCUUGGCGGCGGCCUGCAGACGGGCGCGCAGACGCUCGGGUAUCUCUACGCCGGCCGCUCCCUCGCCGGCGUCGGCGUCGGCAUCCUGUGUAUGAUUGUGCCGCUCUACCAGGCCGAGCUGUCCCACCCGAGCAUCCGUGGCCGUGUGACGGCUCUGCAGCAGUUUAUGCUCGGUGUCGGUGCUCUGGCGGCGGGUUGGAUUUCCUAUGGCACCUACGUCGGCUUCGCGGACACCAACGACGGGCAGUGGCGGACGUCGCUCGGGAUCCAGGUCAUCCCGGCCGUGUUCCUCGCCGCGCUUAUCCUGCUCUUCCCGGAGUCGCCACGCUGGCUGAUCGACCACGACAGGCCGGACGCGGGGCUGAAGACGUUGGCGAUGCUACACGCGCACGGCGACACGACGGACGCGUGGGUGCAGGCCGAGUUCGAGCAGAUCCAGGAGGCCAUCACAUACGAGCACGAGCACGAGGCCAAGUCGUACGCGGAGCUCUUCCGGGACCGGUCGUGCUUCCGGCGGCUCUUCCUGGCGUGCGCGCUGCAGGCCUCGAUCCAGAUGACGGGCGUGUCGGCGAUCCAGUACUACUCGGUCAGCAUCUACGGGCUGAUGGGGAUCAAGGGCGACGAGACGCUCAAGUACCAGGCCAUCUCGUCGGUGAUCGCGCUGGUGGCGCAGUUCCUGUGCAUCCUGCUGAUCGACCGGUUCGGGCGGCGGUGGCCGCUGAUCUGCGGCAACCUGGGCAACUGCGUCACCUUCAUCAUCGCGACGAUCCUGCUGGCGCUGUACCCGCCGGGGGCCAACAACAACAAGGCGGCCGCGUGGGGGUUCAUCGUGGUGACGUGGACGUACAACUUCAGCUUCAGCGCGACGUGCGGCCCGCUGUCGUGGAUCAUCCCGGCCGAGAUCUUCGACACCAAGACGCGGUCCAAGGGCGUGUCGAUCGCGACCAUGACGUCCUUCGCCUUCAACACCAUGAUCGGGCAGGUCACGGACCCGGCCAUGAAGGCGGUCGGGUACCGGUACUACUACCUGUUCGUCAUCUGCAACUUCACCAACGCGCUCUUCUUCUGGGCCUUCCUGCCCGAGACGGCCAACCGGCCGCUCGAGGAGAUGAACCGGCUGUUCACCGACGCGCCGCUGUUCGUGCCAACCAUGGACGAGCGCCAGUGGGCCACCACCGACCUGGAGCGCCGCGUCGAGGAGGUCAAGGCCAAGCAGGUACCAUGGAAUGUAGGGUGA